AUGUGUGCUGCAGAGGCUUCGGCUGCCCGUAGUGAUAGUGUUGGAGAGACAGUAGAAUACGAGGCUGCGCCUCUCGCAGAACGUCGAAAACCGAGCGCCGGCCGACUACGGGGCAGUAAACGGCUUCCAUGGGAUCCGCGCGAUGAGGUGGUAAACCUGGCCACUGCUGCACCCAUGAGUCUCAGCCUCUGUUCCCCCGCCAUCGCUCAGGCUUCGCCAAAGUCUAAGCCUCGAAGGAGUAAGGUGGCUCACAGUGACGCGAACUCUGCCGACACAGCCCAACCCCAGGACAUUUUCAACAUGGCACCCCUCUCCGAUGACUCAAUACUCUGUCGUAGCGUACAGAACAAUUACCAAUCGGAGACAUUUCCCCGCAAGUCCACAAUUUCAUCUUCUCGCCACUGUCUCUUACAUUCCCCCUCCUCGUCCCCUCUCGCCCUAGCCCUCCUGCUCUUCAUCCCUUUCCCCUCGCCCUUCUUCUUUUCCGCUUAA